CCGGUUGGUCCAGCCAGCGCGGUAACCGGCGCGCCGUUACAGCAGCACGGCGUUCAGGAACCGAGCGCUUUGUGUGUUCGGGUGCACUGCAGGAUCAGUCCAGCUGCUGCACAUCUGCAGUGAGGAGCCGCUGUUUGAAGCGGCCCGUGUGCGCGCGCAGUUGAGAAGGAGGGAGUGAGUGAUGGAGGAGAGGAGAAGAGGAUGACGCAGCGCUCGGAGCCGACAGCCCGCUGAACGGCAGCACGCACUCCCGCAGUGUGCGCCGGGACUCGACCCCACAGGCUCGGGGAGAGGGUACAGCCCGUCGGUAUGUGUUCUUUCUGUCACGAUGACGUCUUCAGCUUCUUCUAUCACACUCCUCACUCCCAGCGACCUCGAGUUGGGAUUGGGCGUGUGAAUUAAACUGCUCUCCAGCCUCUUCAAGCCUCCAUCUGCCCCUCUUAUCCCACUUUUCUGAGACGAUGGACAGUCCGCCGAAGUUGGCCGGAGAAACACUGAUUGUACAUCACAUCCCUCUAGUGCACUGCCAGGUGUCUGGUUCCCGUCAGCGCUGUGGGAGCCCACUGAGGAAAAGCAACAACCAGUUCAGCUGUCCAGAAAACCUCGGCCUGAUCCGCACCACCUCACUUCCCGAGAGAGAUGUCCUCCAGCGUGAGGCGCUAGUCUACAGCAGCCUGAUCCAGACCUCCAGCUCCAGUGACGCUUUUGAAGAUGAAGGGAUGAGAGGAGAGAAAAAAGGAGUGAGAGGUGGAAGCAUGGCAAGUGACACUUCCUCUUUCACAUCCAGCAAUUCUGAAGAUGCGCUUCCUAAAGUUCUGUCGAAGGUGGUGCACAACAGGCCAAGCUCUCUCAGACACAAUCCCUUCCUGCUGAAUGCAGGGGAAGACGAUUAUGAUGAUGAUGAUGAAGAUAAUGAUGAUGGAAGCAACCUGAAUGGAUACUUGGAGGACUCUUCUUUCCACUUGCAUGGAAAUUCGAAUGCAGCCUUAGAUGACAGAGUGGACUUGGCUCCGUUCCAUCUGCAUGAGCUGGGUUACAACUCCAGAUCGUUCCACCUGCAUGAAUCUUUAGAGAAGCCCUGGAGUUGUGACCAAAAGGGGGCUCCGGGGCAGCAUUUUUCUGCCUGUCUCGAGGGUCUUGAUCUUUUGGGGCUGGAUAUUCAGCAUCGUCAUGGCAGCAGCGGGUCCACCCUGUCGAUGGACUGUGGUGAGCAAGAAUGGGAUGACGAUGAUGACGAUCAGUCCAUGCAGGGCGGCCGGGGUAGUUCGGAAUGUUGUGGAUGCUCCCGGACGUAUCAUGAAAUGUUCCCAGACUUUGCGCAUGGUUACUGCAGCGAUUCAUCCUGCAACAGCUCUGAUGGCAUCCUGGUCAACUUCAGUACCAUCUACAAGACGAACAACAUCGUCCCUGACAAGCCAAUCAACCUCAACAGCUCUGCUGAUCAGUCCUGCACCUCUUCUGUAUCUGAGCCAGUCUGUAUGGGUGGGGCUGAACAUGGAAGUGGGGGUGGAGCUUUUUACUUGGACUUACACAGAUCUCCAACGGAAGCUCCCCAGGAAGCCUCUGACCUUCCGUCUUCCUCUUCCUGCCUAUGCUCUUCCCAGCCACAAGGUGGCACAGUGGAGCUCGACGCUAACUGCAAUUCCUACCACAACCACAAAGGUCUGUUACCCUCUGAGCCCUCGGCCAGUGACCUCACUUCCUGUAUGCAGAGCCAGGCACGGCUGGUCGUUGCAACCCAGAACUACUACAAGCUAGUAACCUGUGAUGUUUCAUCCCAUUCCUCCCCAAGCCCUGCAGGCUCUUCGGUCACAAGCUGCUCCGACGAACACAGCAAAGGAAGUCCCACCCAGCCUGCAGAGUAUUUCCUGUUUAGGCACACUAAAGAGCAAGAAGAGGAAGAGCAGGCAGAAAAUGCACACGUCAACACAGAAAAGCUGUGUGAGAAGAAGGCGGAGCCACCCACAGGUAACACUGAGUCCGUGCAUUCAAAUGUGAUUGAGGGACAAGUGUAUGUCAACAUCUCACCGCCUGUGGGUGCAGCUUCGGCUGGGGCCCGCCUUCGUUCCCGCAGCUAUGACCGGAACCUGGACAAGGCCCCACAGCCUCGUCUGGGCUCUCUGGAGCGCAUGCUAAGCUGUCCUGUGCGUCUCAGUGAGGGUUCAACCCCUGGCCCACCCCCUCCACCCCGUGUCACUUCCUUUGCUGAGAUUGCAAGAAAUAAAAGGAAGAAUGGCGGCUCUCCUUCUCAGAAGAGUAGUGUCGAAGCCUCUUCUGUUCACUCACACUCAUCUGGAGAGUUCUCCCCAAUUCUCGAAGAUCUGUCCUUGCUGUUAAGCUCCGCCCAUUCGAGCACAACACUCAGGGCCUCACCAGGGGGAGCAGGGAGAGAGACACGGACCAAAGCAGAAGGUGGACUGUCCAGUUCUGCUGACUCAUCCCCAGCGGUAGUGCGCUACAGUAAAGACCAGCGUCCCACCACGUUACCUAUCCAGCCCUUCACCCUGCAGCAGCAGUUUGGGAAACCACAACCGAAACCUGUCCUCCCUCUGCUGGACGAGUACAUCAAUCACAUGCAGGCUCGUUUUGGCUCCGCCCCAUCCGAGCGUGAUGAAGAGGACUCCGAUGAUGAUGGUCAGCGCCCCCGGCCAUCUCCUCUGGGCAGUUACUCGCCGCCGCGAUCCCUCUCCUGCCCUGCCCCGCUCUCUCACACCCCACCCGGGGUCGCCCCCACUGCCAAGCUGGCCCCAUUACCCCCGACCCCUCCCCCUGCCACCAGGGGACACUAUUUCCACAGAGUCAACCGGAGUACAUUACCCACACUGCCCAGCUCCGGCCUCAGUCCGAUGGCUCAGCUGGACCCGGGACGGCAGGACGAGGAAGUGAAAGUACCUCCUGCAUGUAUGACGCAGAGACCACACAAUGGUCAGUCACUGAGGUGUUACAGUGACCUGCUGCCAGAUUAUUUCUCUCAGACAGAGCGCCCCCCAGAGGAGUUCUGCCUCUCACCUGAUGCCACCACUGAAGAAUCCAUCUCCAUCGACCUGCAUCAGAAGAGAGGUUUGGUGAAAGCCAUAAACACAGCAGUGGAUCUGAUUGUGGCUCAUUUUGGCACCAGUCGGGAUGCAGGAGUAAAGGCAAAAUUGGGCAACAGCUCAGUGAGUCCCAACGUGGCUCACCUGAUCCUGAAGUACCUGUGUCCCGCCGUGUGUGACGUGCUGCAGGACGGGCUGCGAGCGUACACUCUCGACAUCAUCAUUGGUCAGCGGCGCAAUCAGCCCUGGAGCGUAGUGGAGGCCUCAACACAGCUCGGUCCCUCUACACGUGUAUUACACAGCCUCUUCCUGAAAGUUAGUCAGUACUCAGAGCUGACCAAUCACAGCAUGAGACUCAACGCCUUCAUCUUAGGACUCUUAAACUUGCAAUCGCUGGAAUUCUGGUUUAAUCACAUAUACACACAUGAAGACAUCAUAGCAGCCCACUACCAUCCAUGGGGUUUCCUUCCCCUUUCUCAAGGGGCGUGUCAGCCGAUGUUUGAGGAGUUGUUGCUCCUGCUUCAGCCGCUGUCGCUCCUGCCCUUUGACCUCGACCUCCUGUUUGAACCUCAUCAGCUGCAGAAAGGUCAAGAGCACCUGAGGCGCAAAGAGCAGCUUUGCUCCACCCGCCAGAGCUUCGACCAAUCUACUCGUUCCACGUUCCAGCUCAUGAGGGGCCCGACAGAGCCUGUACAGCUAAAAGAGGAUUUGGGGUCUAAUCAAAAGGGUGAGGAACUUCACAGAGGCAGAUUUAUGUUAAGGCGUGAGGGAACAUGGCCUCGGAUGGAUGGGGCGGAGUCUAAAAAACAAGUGCGGGGGGUGCGAAGGAGUGACAGGGCAGGUAGCGAAUCAGAGAGCGAAGGGCUCGUUUUGCACACAGGCAGGAUGAAUGGAGUCGGUGGGGAGGAUGAAGAGAAGGAGAGAAGGAGGGAGCGGGAAAGAGAGAGAGACGGAGAGAGAGACAGGUUAAGAAACAAGCAGGCAGGCUGGUGGUUCCAGCUCAUGCAGAGUUCUCAGGUCUACAUCGAGAACUCUGCUGAGGGCUCAAAGUUUGUCAAGUGGGAGAAGCGCAAAAAAGGAAGUGGGGCCGAGGGGCGGAGACAAAACAAUCCACCCCCGAGAGUGGGCGUGGUCGAAGGCGCAGAGGCUCAUCACACGACAGUUGAAAAUCCAGAAACCACAAUGUGCAAAGACACACGUCAUAACGCCAGCACUGGAACCUUUCCCCAAUCAGAACCGUCCAAAGUGAUGAAAGGGAAGCCAUCUUGGAUGGGCAGCCCGCCGGAGUCCGUGCUGAGCGAGCUAAAGAGGACGAACGAGACACAGCCGGAGGGGGCAGAAGCAGAAACACAGACGGGUCAGAGCCUACGCUGGGGGCGACUGUUCGGAGCCGGAAACAUCAGCAAAAUUGAGAAAACGGAACCCAAAUCAUCCAAGAACUCGAAAAGCAGGUUGCCGUCGGGUUGGCUGAGUCUGGAUCGGUCCAUGUUGGAUUUGGUGGUGCAGUCUGUUGGGAAAAGGGCGGAGCCUCAGACAUUAAACACACACAAUGCUGAGACACAACACCACCAAACACAGCAGGACCAAGCACAGAAGGCUAACACACAGACAACAGCUGCACGUGAGGUGAGGGCAUUGUGCCACCACAUUGCCACGGAAACGGGCCAUCUGAGCUUCAAUAAGGGCGAUGUGCUGCGUGUCCUGAGCAGAGCGGACUCUGAUUGGCUGUUGUGCGCCCUUGGUGACUCCCAUGGCCUGGUGCCAAUCAUCUACGUUACGUUAAACGAUGAGGAGAGCGAAGAUCCUCGAGGGCCACAGUGAAAACACACACACACGCACAUGCGUGCACACACAGUUUGGGAUGUGCAUCUUUAUCCAGUUUGUGAUUCUGCUUGAGGAGUAAAUCCUAGCUUUGAUAAAGGGACAGGUUAAACAAACGUGGCUAAUGCUAAUCUUAAACAAAUCUGGGUAUUGUCAUAUUUAUUGCCUGCUGUAAGAUAACAUCUGCCAUGCAAGAGAAAUACAAACAGAAAAAAGCCAACUCAGUGUCAUGAAACUACAAAAAAAGUACAAGAUCAUGCUAGGCGCUAAUACUACCCUUCAUUGCUAGCCGUGUUAGCAUUGCCAAGUUUCCCGCUGACUUGUUGCUAAAACUAUGUAGCGCUCUCUCUCUUUCUGUGAUCUUUAUUAUGGUAUUACACUUUUUUUUAAAUGCACAUUCAACACAUGAUUAGCAUUUAGAAAAUUAGCAACUCGCCAAACUUGGAAAAGACAACAUUGACGAGCAUCCCAAUCUCGUGGGCACCUCUAGGUUUUUAUAUAAAUAUGUACGGUUUUGUGGAAGUAUAUGAUCUGACAAUGUACAUAAACCAUACAGCAACAGUGCAGCAGUCCUAAGAGUUUAUAACUAGUGCCAGAGCGAUACGAACAUCCCGAUACAUUUACUCUGUAAAAAGUGAAAUGGGGCAGUGUGGAUAUAAUCGCAUGUUUUUAAAACCUAAACACCAAACAUGCCAACAUCCUUAAACAGAAUGGAGUAAUGUAAUCUACAGUUCAUGGAUACAAACAAAACCCUUCCUCCUGCGAGUGAUUAGCGCCCCCUGGGGACCAACAGCAUGUCUGAUGGCUGGCCCCAUUUGAGGUCCAGCUGCACAAAACUGAUCACUUACAAACAUCCAGAUAAUUAUUAACACAACUCCAUGACAACAACCAUUAAUGAUCAGCUUAUAAAUAAGACGAUUUGAAUUUUUGGUUUCGUUGUGGUUACUCGUGUCCUUAUGACCAGCACCACAGACUCAACUGAUGAAACAUCAAUUUUGUAUUUGGCACGAGGAGAAUAAACACUUCUCUGUCUAAAUGUAUUUAAACAUUUUUGUCUCUGACCUUCCUUUAAAGGAGCCAUACUGUCAGUUAACUAAUCAAAGCAGAGGGUAAAUAAAAUUAAAAACUUACCAAAGUGUCUUAUAAAACUAGACAUAACUCUAGUCUUGUCUCUCUGGUCCAGUGAGAUGCCUUCAGCUAAAUACUGUACAUAAUUGAACGUGAUUGGAUAAACUCAAAUAGAGGAGCUGCUCCGGACAUGCAUUUAUCGCCUCUGUUACAGUGUUUAUUUUUUCUAGUAUUGGGUUCACUCUGCUGGAAUACUGCGCUCCGCCGAUUAACAAGCCCGGAUACAGAAUAUUUAAGAGAUGCUGCUUUAUCUGCGUGUCCUCUGUACUGAUCUAUUGCUCAGGCGCUAGUUAUAAAAAAAGUCAGAGUAAACAAUGUUACGUCAGCGAACUUGGGUGUGGCGACAAAAUGAUGGCAGCCCCAUUUACUAAACAGGUUCUUCAUGACAUCAUACCUAAGGAGGAGGAGGAGAAGAAAAAAAAAAGUGUUGUGUUGAUCUAUCAUGGUUCAGUCAUGGUGAUGUCUCUCAGAGUUACGGCAGCUUGUUUACUACGUUAUUUAAUUUAGUGGUUCAUGUUAUACAGCGAUAGCAGCUAACUACCAAAUUACUAAGCUAUUUUUGUUUACUCCAGUGACAGCCUGUCAUAGGAAUGCUAGCUUUAGUAAAUAGGCACCACACUUAAAAAAAAAAAAAAAAGUUGUUAUACUUUAGUUUUCAUUUAACGUGGUAAUAUGUGACAUUUAUGUGAGCACUAUAGCUAACCAUGUGGGUGAUUUUUAGCCAAUGAGACGUCAGGGCGCAGCAGUUCGGAUCAGGGACUCUAUAUAACGUUACGAGUUAGCAACUACACCACCUGUAUUAUUGAAUACACAUGAAAAUGAACACAGACACUUCCUGAGACGCGCCAGUGAACUCUUCACAUCAACUUCCUGCUGUUCUGACCAAUCACAAGGCUGUACGUCAGGACUGAGGGUGAGGACAGGGAUUUUCUUGCAUGUCAGAGUAUCGACUCGAAUUUAAAACUGAACUGGAGUGGGUCUUCUAUUCAACGCCAAACUACACGUCUUCAUUUGCCCCACAUACACACGCCGCCUUCUGCUGGAGGAAGGAAAGGAGGACGCUGGCGCUAGCUUUAGCCUUGCCGUUAACAUUAGCUGCUUCAUGAACACUAUGGGUUUAUUUAUUUUGACUCCUUAUUUAUAAUGCAUUUCAGCUAGGCAUGUGCCAAUAUUCAGGUGCACGAUAUAUCACAAUAUUCAGUGUACACAUUCAGAGAUGAAGUCUGUCCAGAUACCAACCCCAGGACAAAUUUGAAGACAGAGAAGACAAUCCUGUAAUUCUUUUCACUGGACAAGAGUUUCAUAAGAGUGGCGUAGAAAACAAGGCGUACAGAAUAUACCGGAGUGAUUUUGUAGCCAACAUCGCUCAGAAUCGUGGCAUUGUCCUUAAACACCAAAAAGAAUUUCAAAUGUCGCGCACGUCUACUCUUUUCCAGGGAUUCUGAACAUCUUGGGACAUUUUCCAAGAAUGACUGACUUACUAAUAGGCAAGUAAAGGAAAAUAAUUGUACGUAAUUGAGUUUAUUGUACUGAAGGUAUCAGGGAAAUGUAUUUAUUAUUAAUGUGUAUUUAUUGUUCUGUCUGUAAGACACAUUUAACAUUAUUCAACCUAAAAAGAUGACAACUAGCCAUGACCGAUAAAACAGGAAUCUCCUAAAAUUGUUCGAAACGUGAAACAGGAAGUGUCCAUCAUGGUAUACUGAGCAUUUAUGAAUUGGUUUAGGAACAGUUUGGGGGCAAAAAAGGCAGAUUUUAUUAGACAUGUGCCUGUAAUCUAAUGGAUACAGUAGGGGUGGGCGAUAUGAUAUCACAUCACGAUACUUGAAAGCAUUUCUAUGAUGCACUGUGUGUAUCAGGAUAAAACUGACUACAUUUUAAAAUUACAAACUGUCUACAUUUUUUUUUUUUAAUCUGAAAUGAAGGGAUUUUCUUUUACAAGUUUUAAGCAUGAAACAUUAGCAUCUAAAACUUAUCAAAAGUUUGCAAUUGUUAUAAAAAUACUGACAAUAUUUGUGAUCUCUCAUAAUAGUAUAUUAUAUUAUCAUUUCGCCCAGCCCUAAUUACAGGUCACUGUGAUGCAAAAAUGUAAUAUCAGCACAUGCCUAGUGCCUAUAAACUCCCAUAAUGGCGCCUUAUCACUUUAUUUUUUUUUGGUUUAAAACCGAACCCGCCCCUUAAAAUGGAUUUACAGCUGUGGCUUUGGGAAAUGUGUCAUUAUUCUAAACAAACAGCCAGGCUUUUUAUUUGGCAUUAUAUUGCACACUAAUUUAUUUAUAUGUCUUCACUUGCCUGUAAGUGAACCUGACUUGUUAGACAAUAAUGUUAUUUCUGAAAAUUAUAUUGAUUUGUUUUUUACAGAUUACAACAGCAGCUUUGGUUGACCAUGUCACGUUAGAAUUUUUAAGUUAUCAUUUUAUAUUAUUUUCUAAUACAGAAAAUACAUUUUAUUCAUGAAUUUAUUCAGUCACGCUUGUAAAUAUGACAUUCUUGAAAGACUAUGCUAAUGUUCUUUGAAAUCAUUAUCAACAGACGUUACUUGAUGUAAUUAACAUGUAAUAACAGGUUUAUUUAACUAGGCUGUACAGAAUAGUAGUGUUAUAUGGGAUGUUGUUAGAGGAAAUGUGUUCUAGAAAUUAGUUUUGCUCUGCAUUAUGUUUGUCACUUUCACUCUUUUCUGUCACCCAAACACUCAGAGAGAAAGAGAGAGAGAGAUUGAUUUGAUUUGAUAGAUAAUAGACUAGUGCCUUUUGUAUCACAGCAACGCUAACGUCAGGCUUCAGGGCGGUAAAUGUAUUGUAGGGAAAGACGCAAAGGUCUUGUGAUAUUACCAAAACAGGAAAAGUAUGAAUCGUAGUAAUCUACUUUCCAAAAAGCUGUAAACUGAAUACAUUUUCUACAUUGUUUUGCUAAACUACUUCAGGCUUGGCAUGAUUUAGAGUUGUAAGUCCUGAAUUUUAAGAGCAACCAGGCCACAGGUCUGAGAACAGUCUUGAAUCCGAGUGACUAAACCCAGACAGAUUUUUGUCUGAAGCAGCCUGACCCUGCAUUCACACUAGCAAGCAACAGCGCUACCUGCAGUCGUCAGUUUUCUGUGCGUCUGCGCAACGCGGAGUGCCGACAUCUGAGAGAUUUCAAUUUUCCAUGUCAUUCUAGAUUUUCUCAGCGUUAUGCAAAUUAGAUGAUUCAGUAAAGUGACAAAGCCAAACAAUCGUCACGAACAGUUCCUCUGACGCUUGUGGUCCGACGUUUAUUCAGCUCCUCACUCACAGAUUUAGUUCAAAUCUUGCUAUUAGUUCCCAUUUACUGUUUGGCACAAAAAUAGAAAGAGAACUUGCACUCCUACUACACACCCAUAACAGGCAAAUUCCAGACAAAAAAAAGAUGUCGCCGGCAAGUGUGAACAUUAGAUGAGGAUAAAACCUGACAAGCCCAGUGAUGGUGCCUGUUAACCUGAGGCAACAGCCACCAUCGUUAGAGCAACGAAACCAAAAUUACUACUUCACACCAGUCAGUUCCACCUCUUCAAACAACUUACAUGAGCUGCCAAAACGGCGAUUUAUGAAUCUGAUUCAAGCCUGUCUACUGUUAGAGACCUGAGGGCCAACCCUGAGCAGUCAUCUAAAGCCGAAAUAGAAAGCAACGUACAGUUACAGUGGAUUGGACAAGUACUUAGAGACAGAAUAAAUUCAGCAGCUGGAUUGGAUUGGUGACCAUCUCAAAUAACGAAUCGGUAGUUGAGCUCAGUAGAGAAUAUCCUGGUGAAAGUAUAAGAAAGUAAGUGUUUUUGUAGCUCAUGAGAUUUCAGUUAGCAAGUGAAAUUUGUUUUCUCUCUCUGUUUGGCUUGUUCUCUCUCUCAGCUCUGUUCCUCACAUGGGGCUAACCUGUUUCACUCUGAAACAAGCUGGAUAGUGGAAAAUGAGGAAAGCACAUUUAACAAAGAUGCUGAUGGCUGUAAAGUGAAAUCUGAGGAAAAAAAACAAAACACAGCCUUUUUUUUUAAUAUUGAUUGGUUAGACAACUAGUACCUUCAAGGCCUGAUGUAAGGAAUAGAGCGCCUCCUUAUCCCCUUGUCCUUCUGUACGAUGUGUAUGACAUCACCAACCAUGUAUGGAGAUCAAUAACAAAGUGCUCAUGUGAACGA